GCGGGGUGAUGUCUUCGACCUCUGGGGCUGCUCUUUGAAAUCCCUGUGAGUUACCUUUGACAAUCGAGGAGCCACUUGGUACUGUUUUGUGAUAGUAUCGUUAGCAAGAUGAUCGAACAAGAAGAAAGGUGAAGAUCUGGCACGGAGAAUAAGCUUUAUCUCCUUCUACGUCCGACUCGGCGACACGUUUCUCCGGCCCUCUUUUGGGAUCUACGUUCGCUUAAAUGGACACAAACACGUGAAGCCCCUCACUUCGAUUCACCUCGACUCAUCACACUUCAGCUCUCAACGUUGUGUUGAAAGCACAUCCUAUAACCUGCAUCUACUCUUAAUCUUCAUCUCUCUUUCGGAUUUCUCCUUAUUGUAUGACCCAUUGAAACCUAAGUGGUCGUUUGCGAAGCUGCCAUGGCUGAAGCAGAUAUGGAAAAAGAAUUCCAAGCUGCCAUCGACUCUGGCAAAAUCAAGGGCGUCAUUGUCUGCGCCACAGACGCCGAGAGCAAUUUUGUUUAUGAGAAAACACUGGGAGAGCGAACACUACUGUCUGGUGAAAGACGGCCUCACCAGCUUGACGAUGUUCUAUUCCUUGCUUCAGCCACCAAGUUACACGCCACUAUCGCCGCUCUUCAAUGUGUCGAGGACGGACUAUUAUCACUGACGGACGACUUGUCGACCAUCUUGCCUGAACUUGCCGCCCAAAAGAUCAUCACUGGAUUCUCCGAGGACGGCGAAACGCCGCUGCUUGAACCACGAACCCGUCCCAUCACUCUCGAAAUGCUGCUCUCACACAGCUCUGGGGCCACUUACUAUUUUCUCGACCCUAUGAUCGCUCGCUGGCGCCAGAAAUUUGCACCCAAGCCCGAAACCCUUGCUAAAAGCAGUGUGCCGGUCGAGGACAUGUUCGACUACCCGCUCAGCUUCCAACCUGGCACCAGCUGGAUGUACGGCCCAGGACUGGACUGGGCUGGUCGGGUAGUAGAGCGUGUAAGUGGCAAGACUCUCGGCGAGCGUAUGCACGAGCGUAUCUUCGACCCUCUUGGCAUCACAGACGCUCAAUUCUACCCCGUGGCACGUGAGGACUUACGUGCACGCCUCGUUGAUCUGAACCCUGAAGACCCCGAAGUCUAUGGCAAAGCCGUGAUGGGAGGGCCCAACGACAUGAACAAGCUUGGAAAGGGAGACUUCGGCGGCCACGGCUUGUUCAUGACGGCUCCGGACUACGUCAAGGUGUUACACUCCCUACUUGCCAACGAUGGCAAGAUCCUCAAACCGGAGACGGUCAAUGAUAUGUUUGAGAACCAUCUGAGCCCAGAAGCAGCUGCUGGCCACAAGGCCGCGGUAUCGGAGGAAAACCCUUUUGGCAUCUUCUUCCGUGUCGGUACUGCGCCAGGUUCAAAGGCUGGAUAUGGACUGGGUGGACAUCUCACCUUGGAGGACGUUGAUGGUUGGUACGGCGAACGCACACUUACCUGGGGUGGUGGUCAGACUUUCGCUUGGUUCGUCGACCGGAAGAACGACUUAUGUGGUGUUGGUGCAAUUCAGGCCACAAUACCCACUGAUCCCGAAGUUGCCCAUACGCUUAAGCAGACGUUCCGCCAUGACAUCUAUCGCAAGCGGGCUCAGUGGAAGAAGGAACAAGCAUAGGACUGACUCACAUGAAGAUGGUAGAAAUCGUUUGUUCAGGCAUCUACAUAGAUAAGCUAAUGGGAAUGUAUACAGCUUCUUUGCCUUCAAUCCCAGUCAUUCAGUGUUGUCUCC